AACGUUAACCAAUUAGCAUUGAAACAUAAAAAUGGGCGGAGAGACUCUCCGGCUUAGAGUAGCGUUGUACCCAACCGUCACCAAGACACGAUGGAAAGAAGAACAUCUCCAGAGGACAAGCCCCAAAGUCCUCCUCUUGGUUUCAGCUCCUCCAAUGAGCAUCCUUCUGUGAGCAGUAGAGGUAGAGAUAGAUCUGAAUAUGAGCUGGAGAGAACUAGCAAGGGACGCAGUGCUCUCAGGAUGAGGACCCCAGAGGUCAAUGUCAGCAGUCAUGAAGAUGUUUCUAGUGGACACAGCCCUUUCCUGAGAGCGCUGAUGGAUGCUGAAGCAGCAGCCAUUUCUGCAGCCGUACAGCUUGCUUCUUUUAAAGAUGCAUUAGAAAAUGAAAUGCCUGAUUCCAGACAGCCUGGCACAGACAAGCGGCGACUAAAGAGGCAAAGGGGACUUCUGAUGGAAAAGUUAGAGGGUUUUCGGCAAACAAAUAAGUCUGUGCGACAGAAAUUAAAAAUACUCCUGGAAGCAGAGGCUGAUCGGACUGAUGUCAGUCAACAGAUUGACAUCUUACUUAAAAAGGUUACAGAGGCUGAAAGUGAAAACCAGAAAUUAAAAAGUGAUUUGAAUGCAGCAGAGAGAAGCAUGGAAGAGCUGAUGGAUGUACGAAGAAAAGAACAGGAGAACAUAAAGACUGCAGUCAACGUGUCCAAGUGUGUGGAGGAGAACCGUGCUCACUUGCAGGAGCAGCUACAAAACAAGGAGGCUGAAAACGAGUGUCUGAUUGGACAACUUAAGACUCUGGAAAGAACUCUGACUGAACAAAAGUUGGAGAUUGAUGAUCUGAAAAGUUCCAUCUCGUCUUCCACUGAGAGGGCAGCUCAAGACCAAGAGUCUCUGAAGAAAGCCACACGAGCCCACAAGCAGAGGGCUGAGAGAUUCGAAGCUGCCAUUGAGAAAUGUUACGAACAGUUGAGGGAAAAGGAUGCUUUGAUGAACAACGCCCGUUUGGAACUGGACUCCUGGCUGCAGCAGAACAGGAGGUUGACAGAAGAGAGAGACAAGCUACUGACUCGUGUAGAGUUACUGAAAAGCCAGAUCACAGACCUGAUCAGGAAGCUGCAGCAGGAGAAGGAUGAGCAGGCUGUAGCUAAUGCUGCUGUGGUGCAGCGCGUUGACAGGAUCAGCAGUGAAAAUGGAACCCUUCUCGUCAAUAAUGCAGCACUGAAGGCCUCAGUGGCUCAACUGGAGCAGCAGUUGGCUGAUUGUGAGUCUGCUCUGGUGGAGGAGAAGACUUUGUCUCAGGAGAGGAAACAUCAAACUGAACAGUCUCAAUGUCAGGUGGCAGACCUUCAGGCUGAGCUCAGUAACCUAAGGAUCAAAUACGCAAAAGUUUUAAGAGAGACACAGAAGAUGAGUGAUGGAAGAAACACAGAGGUUGAAAAGGUGAGGCAGCAGCUGCAGGCCCGUUUGGACGAACUGUUGAUUUAUCCUGAGUUACUGAGCGUAGCCCAACAGAGUCUCUCUGAGUGCCAGGAGAACCUGCGGUGCUCGGAGAGGAAGUGCUCAGAAAAGGCUGAAUCCAUUAAGCAGCUGCAGGUUAAGAUGGAGAGUCAAAACAAAUUGCUAACAUCGUCAGUGGAAAUGAAGGAAUCCAUUCAUGAGGCCAAUAUAUGUUUACAGGAGAAAGUGAAUUCUGCAAAAAGGCAGGUGGAUAAGUUGGUCCAGGAGAACAUGGAACUGAUGCGGCGGCUCACAGCUCAGGAGGAAGCCCUGAGUUACAGUAACCGUCAGCUCCAACAGCAGUCUGCAGAAUCCCAGGCCCUCGGGCGUCAGCUGGAGGCGGCUUUGUCAGACGUUGCACAACAGGUGAAAAAAGUUAAAGACCAAGCUCUUUCUAAAGAAGAUUCUCUUCAGACUAAAAUCUCUGAGCUGGAGGCAGAAAAGAGCAGGAAAGACAAUGAGCUGAGGCUUCUGCGCCAGAGUAAACAGACUGCGGAGAAACGCUUUGAGGUGCGUCUCAAGGACCUACAGCUCAGCCUGGAACAAUCAGAAAACCACAAACAAAGCAUUCAGAACUAUGUUAAUUUCCUGAAGAACUCUUAUACCACAAUGUUUGAUGAAGGAGUGCAGAGUUCUACUUUUCGUUCAUCAUAUUUUUUAAAAUAGGUGCAGAAAAAUCAGUCAGUCAAUGGACUGAUAAAUGUCAGUUGGAAUCAUUUGUGAGAUUUUAUUUAUUUAUUUAUCUAUGAUUUUUAAAGGCCCUCUUAUCAAAAACAUAUCAAAUACAUAUAUAUAUGUGUGUGUGUAUAUUUACAUAUAUCCAUAUUUACAGCUUUGGAGAAUCUUUAAAAACUACUGACUGACUGUGACUGUUUGUUCUCAGGGUAACAUCUAUGUCAUCUACAUUACUGUGUAUUUUACCUGAAAUAUUUAAUAUUACACAAUAUUUCCACAUGUCUGAGCAAAUCUGUGCUCAAUAAACUGUAUGGUUCACUCCGUUGCUACUGGUAAUUUGCAACAAAUGAACCACUUACGUAAAUGCAGUGACAGAUGAGCCUUAGAGUCAGAAAACCGGUACUGAUUCUUCAGACCCUUUGUGUAUCAUCUUCAUUUAUGGUCUGUAGAAAGGUACAUUUUUAUGUGGCAAAAAUGUUGACUCUAAUAUGAAUUUUUUGUUGUUGUUAUCAGGUGUGAAUCUGAUACAUUUAAUUACUUUGAUGCCUCUGGUAUACUUCCAAACCACUGAUGCCGAUUUUUGUGGUGUGUGUUUCCUGGGGAAACAAAGAGAUAAAGAUGAAUUCUAACAUUUUUCCUCUGGUCGCUGCUUGAUUUGUGGCUUCAUCCUUUAACUAUUUGAAUAAACUUCUAAAAACUCUGCAGACUAAUAUGCAAGCCUCUGUCCGUGUUAUGGACAUUUUUUUACGCCUCAUGUGAACUGUGCUUCUUUCAUCAUCUCAUCACAGACAAAGAUCUAUUGUGGUCCUCAUCAAGGGAUGGAACCAUUUCAUCUCGGUGUGCGUCACAACCUCCUGUUUUUCCCUUAACUCUUGUUCUCAACCUCCUGAUGUUACAUUUCUGUAAUUCAGUAGGCUUCUGCUGGAAAGAGCUGAGCUCAGCUUUUGGCAGCCUAUUCAAUACCAACUUCUAUCUCAGAAAAUUACACUGAAUGAGGAAAACAUUCAUUUGGUUGCAUA